AUGGGUGAGCCUAUCGCAGAAUCGUCUCCGUCAGUCUCAGUAAACACGGGAGAAUUUACCCCCCCUAUACGAGACGAGCUAUUCUAUUUCGAGACCGUGGUUUUCUUGGUUGAGAAUACUACUUUCAGGGUUCCUCGUUUCGGGAUCGAGGCGGCCGAAGGUGAAUUCGCAAAAAUGUUCUCGAUGUCUCAAGAAGAAGAAACGACUGCUGGAGCGAGUGAAGAUGAACCAAUCAUUCUCCCCGCUGAGGUCACUGCACAUGACCUCAGGAGUUUCCUCAAGUUCAGCUAUCCUCAGCUCCCUGGUGUAUCAACUUCCCUUACGUUAGACGAGUGGAUGUCCGUGCUGAAGCUUUCCAACCUGUGGAACUUCACAAAGAUGCGGAAGAAGGCGAUCGACGCAACUGAGGGUCAUAUCCUGAACGCGCACCCCGUGGACGUGAUUUUGUUGGCCAGGAAGUACCAUAUCUCUCAAUGGUUACUCGAUGGCUAUGCAAAGUUAGCGAGUCGUCCCGAACCUAUCACGCCUGAAGAAAGGGAGCAUCUGGGGCUGGUUUCGUUUUUCCGGCUGGUAGAAAUGCGCGACAGGAGCUGGAAAUACGCCUGUGAUUGCGGAAUGAGCGGUGGCACAGUAUAUGCACGAGACCAACGAGGUAGUUUUGGCUUCAAGAAUGCGAUACGGUCUGCCUUCGAAGAUGAAUUGAUGGAGGAUGGUGCUUAUGUAUCUAGCGUUGAAGCUACUAUAGAUCGUAACGUGGAGCAGACAGAACGUAAGUUCACAAAGAAGAAGGGGAAAGAAUUUUGCUACUGUUUGAGGUGCACCAUGCAAUCGGUGUCGACAGAUAUUGGCACGCGCAAACUUGGCAAAGGUCCCUAUGUCACGGCAGCGCGUCUUUACGUUGUGAGCCCCCAUGUUUGGCGCUUAGCCCCAGGCAUUCCAAGCUUUAAUACUACCUUUCUCAAAUAUGUGUGGAAAGUCACCUUUUUUACUCUUUUCAUAUGUUUCGUCUGAUGAUUUUUAAGCGCUUCUAGAAGCGUGCUGAAUGUGACUGCCAGACAUGAGAGGGCGCAGUCUUUGCAUCGUGGGCAUAGUGCGGUUCAGAUAGAAGCCUGUGUAUGCUGCGUGCCAGGCAUGGGAGCCGAUCGAUACAAGACCAUCAGCUCAGCGAGGUGCUGCACACCUCACCUUCUCAGACUGUCAUAUCAUGAUUGCUGUUGAGCCUACCUCCAUCCCGCCCUCAUCGUCGGUGUCGACUCCAAAACCGGAGCCAGCCUGUGCAGAACAGCAGCUUGCUCCUGUGAGAGAUAGCUUCUUUUACUUCGAAACUGUGGUUUUUUUGGUCGAAAACACUCUCUUCAGAGUUCCUCGAUACGGACUCGAAAAUGACGAAGGUGUCUUUGGUAUAUUCUCUAUGCCCCAUGUAGGCAAAGAUAGAGAAGGAGCAAGCGACAAGACACCUAUAGUACUUCCUGAUGGCAUCACUGCAUUCGACUUCAGAAGCUUCCUGAAGGCUAGCUAUCCUCAGCUUCCUGGCGUGUCUGCUUCUCUCACAGUGGACGAGUGGAUGUCCGUUCUCAAACUCUCCGAUAUGUGGCAGUUCCCGAAGAUGCGGUCAAAAGCGAUCGAUGCAACCGAGACACAGAUUCAGAACUCGGGCGCGGUAGAUAUGAUUCUGCUGGCCAAGAAAUAUCGCAUCUCUAGAUGGCUGAUCAAGGGCUAUGAGACCUUGACAAGGCGCCCAGAACAUAUCACCGCUGACGAGAGAGAGCGUCUAGGUUUGGACACGUUCCUACGACUGGUGGAUGUGCGCGAGCAAAGCUGGAAGUAUGCCUGCGACUAUGGGAUGUAUGCGUCAUACAACACGGUGUAUGCACGAGAUAUACGAGGUAGUUUUGGGUUCAAGGAUGCGAUAGAGAAGAUUUUCAACGACGAAUUGAUGGAGGACGGAGAGUUUCGCAUGGCCCAUACAACUUAAGCUCAUUUGUAGGUCCAUUUCUGCGUCUCUGUGCGGCGUUGCAUGCAACAAUGUAUGAAUACAUCAAUGAUGGUGCUAGUGUACUUUCUCGUGCUUUCGUAUUCAUUCUCUCAAUUUUGGAACCUCAAUAAUCGCUCCUCUCUGAGCUACAAUAUAAUAUACGAAAUAAUUCAAUGCACCAUCAUGCAGUC